AUGAUUCUGGCUAUCGCUGCAUUGCUAAUAUGUACUUUCAUGGGAGCUAUUUCCUAUGGACUUGGUAUUCUACCCUUACAUCUUGACGUCAAUAACCAUAUUAAGCCGGUUUCUCUCUUCAGUGGGGGAUUAUUGAUUGGAGCAGCCUUGUGUUUGGCCAUUCCUGAAAGCAUUGAGAACUAUACGAAGAAUGCAAAAAAUGACAGUAAAUGGAUUGGAAUUUCCGUCAUGCUUGGGUUUGUCAGUAUGAUUUUGGUUGAUCAAAACUACCAGAAACCCGAACGUCAGGAAAUUAGUAUCAAUGAUUAUGACGUUUCUCCCCCGCCAUCUUCCAUAUUCAAAUCGAUUCUUCACACUUCAUUGACAUUGGCGUUACUUAUACAUUCGGCAAUCGAUGGGAUAUCGUUGGGGUCGGCCUUCCAUCGAGACAGUAUCACGUUUGUGUUUUCGUUGGUUGUAAUUAUUCACAAACUUCCAACAUGUUUCAGUUUGAGUUGCUUGUUGCUUCAAAAAGGUGUCAAUGCUGAGAUGGUCAAAAUACACAUCUUAGCAUUUGCGUUGACGACCCCACUAUUUGCAAUUCUUACAUGGAUAGCUCUACUUGCAGUCAAUCCCAGUGAUACUGUCAUUGGUAUUUUACUUCUUUUUAGCAGUGGGACUUUUAUCUACAUCCUGACUCAUAUUUUAGGUGAGUUCAAAGAGAUGACAUUUACAGAAAUGGGCAUUUUGAUUGUGGGAAUUUUGGUCCCUGGGUUCCUUAGUUUCAUGCAUUAG